UUUCAACUGGAUUUCAAUCGAAUUUCAUGCAAUGACAUCAAUCGCAACCUGAAUACAUCUGAAUAAUCUUUCGUAGGUUGUAGUCAAGUUGUCUUAGGUAAUGUUACGUGCACGCUGGAAAGAUAAUACGAGAUAAUACAUCUGAUAUAAAAUGUCAGGGCGUAGGAGGAAGAAUAAGAGCAAAUUAUUAGAGAAGAGACCCCGGCACGUUCUCGGCAAGGAACAGAGAUAUCAUCAGCAAAGAGAUGAAGGAUCGGAUAAAGAUGACGAGACAGAACCAUCGGAUGAAUCGUCGAUCCCUUUUCCCGUGGCCAUGUGGGACAUGGAACAUUGCGAUCCCAAGAAAUGCUCUGGAAGGAAACUAGCGAGGCACGGCUUGAUAAAGAUAUUGCGAUUAGGCGCUCGAUUUCCCGGCUUAUGUCUUACUCCGAUUGGUGACAAGUGUGUAUGCCCAACGGAUCGCGAAAUUGUACAGGAAUAUGGAUGUGCUGUUGUGGAUUGCAGUUGGGCACGCUUAGACGACACUCCUUUUAAUAGAAUGAAGACGUCCCAUCCUCGUCUACUGCCAUUUUUGGUUGCUGCCAAUCCGAUAAAUUAUGGAAAACCUUGUCAGUUGAGUUGUGUUGAAGCUAUAGCAGCUACUUUGAUUAUAACAGGAUAUCCAGAGGAAGCCAAUCUCUAUCUUGGAAAAUUCUCAUGGGGACACUCAUUCUUAGAGUUGAAUAGCGAAUUGUUAGAGAAGUAUGCUCUUUGCACAGAUAGCAAAGAGAUAAUUACUGUCCAAGAGAAGUUUCUGGACAAAGCCUGGCAAGAAAAAUUGGAUAGGCUUGCACUUCCCGAUUUUCCACAAAGUGAUACGGAAUCUGAAGAAGAAGAAGAAAAAGAGAAAGAUGAAAACGUAGCAUCAAAAGUUACUGAAGAACUGGGCAAUGUAAAAAUAUAAAGUAUAAUAUUGAUUAAAGAUAAUUAUUGCAAACACUUGUACAUAUAUAUGAAAAAAUAUCCUGUAUAUGUUUGAAAUAAUUUAUUAAAAUAUUAUUUUUCUAUUA